GGGGGUCGGGUGAUUCGGGAGGAGCGCGGUGGUCCACGGUUCACGAGGGAGAAUUUCUGGGGGAUCUGGGCCGCGUUCUGGGUGGAAUCCCGCCAGGGUCGCUCCGCCCCUCCGCUCCCAGUUCCCCGCUGCCUGGACUGGGGCAGCCGGGAUUCAUUCAUUCCCUGUCUGGGGACUCGGCCUUUCCGACCCGCGGCUCGAAUCCCAGCCGCACUCGAGCUCUUACGGCCCAACACCCUCUCCUCCAUUAUACAGACCGGAAAACUGAGGAGACAGCUGGCCACGGCCACCCCGCGGGUCCGGGGCGAAACCGGGCUCAGAGUAGCCUUUCCGCCUCCCAGGGUCGUUUUCGGACCACUUUUCCUGGGAUCCGGACGGUGCAAUGGCGGAGAAGGUGCUGGUAACAGGCGGGGCUGGCUACAUUGGCAGCCACACGGUGCUGGAGCUGCUGGAGGCAGGCUACUCACCUGUGGUCAUUGACAACUUCCAUAACGCCAUCCGUGGAGGGGGCUCCAUGCCCGAGAGCUUGCAGCGGGUACAGGAGCUGACCGGCCUCUCUGUGGAGUUUGAGGAGAUGGACAUCUUGGACCAGGCAGCCCUGCAGCGUCUCUUCAAGAAGCACAGCUUUGGGGCCGUCAUCCACUUCGCUGGCCUCAAGGCCGUGGGCGAGUCAGUGCAGAAGCCUCUGGAUUAUUACAGAGUCAACCUGAUCGGGACCAUCCAGCUUCUGGAGAUCAUGAGGGCUCAUGAGGUGAAGAACCUGGUGUUCAGCAGCUCGGCCACUGUGUAUGGGAAUCCCCAGUACCUGCCUCUGGAUGAGGCCCACCCCACAGGAGGCUGUACCAACCCCUACGGCAAAUCCAAGUUCUUCAUCGAGGAAAUGAUCCGAGACCUGUGCCAGUCAGACAAGGCUUGGAACGCAGUGCUGCUGCGAUACUUCAACCCCACGGGCGCCCACGCCUCAGGCUGCAUUGGCGAGGAUCCCCAGGGCAUCCCCAACAACCUCAUGCCCUAUGUCUCCCAGGUGGCAAUCGGGCGACGGGAGGCCCUGAAUGUCUUUGGCAAUGACUAUGACACAGAGGAUGGCACAGGUGUCCGGGAUUAUAUCCAUGUUGUGGAUCUGGCCAAGGGCCACAUCGCAGCCCUGAGGAAGCUGAAGGAGCAGUGUGGCUGCCGGAUCUAUAACUUGGGCACGGGCACGGGCUAUUCAGUGCUGCAGAUGGUCCAGGCCAUGGAGAAGGCCUCCGGGAAGAAGAUCCCGUACAAGGUGGUUGCCCGGCGGGAAGGUGAUGUGGCCGCCUGUUAUGCCAACCCCAGCCUGGCCCAGGAGGAGCUGGGCUGGACAGCAGUCUUGGGGCUAGACAGGAUGUGUGAGGAUCUGUGGCGCUGGCAGAAGCAGAACCCUUCAGGCUUUGGCAUGCGGGCCUGAGGCCCCUCCCCUUCCACAGACCAGAAAAGGAAUUGAGGAACAACUGCCUGCUGCAACCACCAGCAGGAACCCAGGGACGCCAGAGCCUCUGGGCCCAAGCCAAGUCCUCCCCUACCUCAAACCCCAGCUGGGCCCACUUAGCCCACCAGGCCCGAGACCAAGGGCUCCACUGACCAGGAGCCAGGGGUCUCUUAACUCCUAUAAUGCCCAGGGUUCAGGGACGACCAAGAGGAAGGGAGCCAGACCAGGGAUAAAACACCCUUCCCCCAGGCACUAAUUUAUGGAGCUUUCCCAAGUAUUUAAAAUAAAAGUUUUCUUACACUGGACAGGUUC